AUGCUCGUUCAAUCUGCGCGCCGGAGAGCUCGCCCUGACGCGAUUCGAUAUCGACCUUUCCAUGGCCAAUUGCGCCUCCCGUGGCUCUCCCCGACUUUCAACGCCUCAAGAAUCAAGCGGCGACGGUUUGUUGCCGACGCUGGACCACAAGCUGGCGGGCCGAGGAGGAGGAGGAAUUCUCAAGAUGCCUCGAGCGUGCCUCCUCGAAGGGCACUGGCAACAGCCACCGGAUACAUGCCCAUGGACGACAUACCUUUUGAGAGGCUGCGAGGCAUGCCGCCGCCUACGCCUUCCGGGUCCGCAUACGGCUUGAGUGAUUCGGAUAGCAUGCAUGGCUAUCAGCCCUACCGGUCUCAGCCACUUAACCUUGGUGGCUCGACUACGAUGCCCCCCAUGAAAUACUCGAGGAACUUCAAGGGUAUCGGAGGAGACUUGUCGGAGAUACACUCUGUGUUUGAUGCCUGCCUUCAAGUUGGUAGGAUCGAGCGCGCGGGGGUGAUACUCCAACGGAUAUCCCAAAUCAAUGAGAUCCAUGCUGUUGACUUGGUCAAGCUUCACAAUCGGUACCUCCGAGCUGCUGUGGAGAAAGUUAUGACAAGUCCAGGAGACUCAGCUUUACAAGAGCUCCACAAGUGGUUCGAACUUCAUAUCAGACUCCCGGGCCUUCCACAAGAUACGGAAACCGUCGCUUACAUGGUGAAGGCAUCACUCCAAUCCCCUGCCGGAAAACGAGAACGAUUGGUGCGAAGAUAUAUGGAUCUGCUCAACGAAGACUCUGCUCUGCAGCUGUUAGAUGCUCAGGUUUUGACUGCACAAGAAAUACACGAAACGACCCAAAUCUACCCGAAAUACAAUUUUGUCAUGGAGACGGAAGAGGAGUUGCACAAUCCUGAUACGGUUGAAGUUGCUCAGUUGGACCAGCUAGAAUCGAAAAUCCCAACGCCCUCGGUAAAGCCCACUGAACAGAAAGGGUUGGGCCUAAAGUCCUUGAAGAAGUCUCUCUCAUUAUUCACAACGCUUCCCUACGAGGGCAUUGACCUCUCUACAGCAUCAGAGGAAAUGAAACGAGAAGUCCAACAGCGUCUCGAGAAGAAUGCCGUCGAAUCGGCCAUCGACCGCUGGAGAGAUGAAAGUAUCCAUCUGAGCAAAAUGGGUCUGAACACCUCACUGCAAACCAAAUCCCUGGGAGCCAGGAUGUGGAAGUGGCAAACCGUUUUUGAGCAGUACCUCAAGGAUGAGAUCGCCAAAGUGGACGCCGCCGAAAAUAUAACAGCCGAAAAGGUCAACAAAAAAAUGCUACCUGAGGACCUGGACCGCGUCAUCUACGGGCCAUUUCUACGUCUACUUCCCCCUGACAAGCUUGCUGCUGUGACUAUCUUAUCGGCUAUGACUACGAUGAGCUCCAUGGGUUUGGAUAAAGGUAUCCCUCUCUCGAACGCCAUCAUGGCGAUUGCAAAGAGUGUGGAAGACGAGUGCGCGUUCGAUACUAUCCAAAAAGCAAGCAAGAAAAAUAUAUGGCCAAAUAGCAAUAACCGUCCUGACAUUGGACAACUAAAACGGGCCACUCGAUUCCGGACAUCUAAGCCAUUGAUCGAUCUAGACCAAUCGGAAACAGCUGAAGCGCUUGAAGAUCGCCAAUGGCCCCUUGCUAUGAGAGCAAAAGUCGGAGCAUUCCUAAUGUCUGCACUCAUCGAGGUUGCCAAAGUGCCUGUAGCUUUGACCCAUCCAGAGACGGGAGAGAUUGUGACCCAAAUGCAGCCAGCAUUCUGCCAUGCCCAUCAGUACAAGUUGGGCAAAAAGGUUGGAGUUAUUAUGGCCAACAAAAGUUUGGUGGCAACUUUGAAGCGAGAACCUGUCCACAGUCUUCUCGCAAAACAUCUUCCUAUGCUUGUCGAGCCUGAACCCUGGUCGGAUUUUUCCAAGGGUGGCUUUUUGGCCCAUCCUUCCAAGAUAAUGAGAGUCAAGACUGGAGAUAAGGACCAGCGGUACUAUGCUGAAGCUGCUAUCGGACAGGGGGAUAUGACCUUGACUUUCAAAGGACUGAAUGUCCUCGGCAAAACAUCAUGGAGGAUUAAUCAACAGGUCUUCGAUGUCAUGCUAGAAGCAUGGAACGCUGGGGAUGCUAUUGCCAAUAUCCCCCCGGAAACCCCGAACUUAAAAGCACCUCCUGAGCCAGAGGCUUCACAGGAUCCUCUAGAACGACGUCAAUGGAUACGAGCGGUCAAGAACGUCGAGAAUCACCGAAGCGGUCUGCACUCUCAGCGCUGCUUCCAGAAUUUCCAGCUCGAAAUUGCUCGCGCGUUAAAGCAUGAAGAGUUCUACUUUCCUCACAACGUUGACUUCCGCGGACGCGCAUACCCAAUCCCGCCCUACCUCAAUCACAUGGGCGCAGAUCACUGCAGAGGGCUUCUGAUUUUUGGCAAGGGAAGGGAACUGGGAGAAAGCGGUCUAAGAUGGCUCAAGAUACACGCUGCAAACGUUUUUGGUUUCGACAAGGCCAGCUUGUCUGAGCGUGAAGCAUUUGCGAUGAAGCACAUGGAUCAGAUGUUUGAAGCGGCAAAAAAUCCUCUUGGAGGUACGAGGUGGUGGCUCAACGCAGAAGAUCCAUGGCAAUUUCUGGCUGCUUGCAUGGAGCUCAAAAAUGCUAUGGAAUCGCCCGAUCCAACACGUUUCGUUUCCCACCUCCCAGUACACCAAGACGGUACGUGCAAUGGACUACAGCAUUACGCCGCGUUGGGCGGAGAUACUUGGGGUGCCAAGCAGGUGAACUUGGAACCAGCUGAUCGUCCAGCGGAUGUGUACACCGCAGUAGCGGAUCUUGUGAAGGAAAGUAUCGCGGAGGAUCUCGCAAACGGAAAUCAGAAGGCAAAGAUUCUUGAGGGUAAAGUCACAAGGAAGGUGGUAAAGCAGACGGUUAUGACCAAUGUCUACGGAGUCACUUACAUUGGAGCAAAAGCUCAGGUCAGACGUCAACUUGUCGCCGCCUUCCCUGGCCUGCCGAAUAAUGAGGUCAUCAACCCGAACUCACUUGCAGCGUAUGUUGCAACGAAAAUCUUCUCAGCAUUGUCCACAAUGUUCAAAGGAGCUCACGAUAUCCAAUUUUGGCUCGGAGAGUGUGCUAGCAGAAUCUCAACAUGUCUGACGGCUGAGCAACUUACCCGUCUGGAUUCCGAGUGGCCGAGACUUGUAUCAGAAAAGGCAGGAAAAGGUCCAGUCACAAAGACCACUGGAGCAAGGUAUACGCCCGCUACGCUCGAGUCGUUGACCCAAUUCAAAUCUAGCGUUAUCUGGACGACUCCUUUGCACAUGCCAGUGGUUCAACCAUACCGAUCCUCCAAAUCCAGGAUCAUCGUCACAAAUAUGCAGAAGAUCAACUUGUCGGAACCACAUCGCUCAGAUCCUGUCAACAAGCGAAAGCAACUUCAAGGAUUCCCGCCUAAUUUCAUCCACUCAUUGGAUGCAACUCACAUGCUUCUUUCUGCUUUGGAAUGCGACAAGCAUGGCCUGUCAUUUGCCGCUGUUCACGAUUCUUUCUGGACACAUGCCAGUGAUGUUGACAAGAUGAACACGGCGCUGAGGGAAUGCUUCAUCAAAAUUCAUAGCGAAGAUGUUGUCGGCCGUCUCCGAGACGAAUUCAUAGCGCGCUACCAAGGCGCAAUGCGCGUCGCCAAUCUCAAAGUAAAUACAGCGGCUUACCGGGAAAUUUCACUCUGGCGAAGCAAUAAAGACCGAGAUGUUGGGCGCAAAAGAAGAUUACCGAAGACGACCAGGGCCCCUUUCUUAGACGAGCUUCGAUUGGAACGCAAGCGAAUGCGACUUCUUGCUUCCGAUGAUCCAUUGGAAGUCGAGAAAGGGAAAGAGAUGGUGACGCCCACCAGCAUCUUCCUGCAGCACUCAGCUGAGCAAGAUCUCAUCACCGACGACGACCUCGGAGCAGCCGGUCUCGGGGAUAUCUCAACACGCCAAGCUCGCUUAAAUGCAGCGGAGGACGAAAGUUCCGACGCCGAAGAAAAUAUCGUUGGGGAGAACAUGGGCAGCGCCGAGGCUUCGAGCAAGGUCAUCGAUGAAGAAGGCCUUCUCAGAGACCCUGAAGCCGAUGAGCCAGCCGCGAUGGACGAUGCCACCAUUUCCAAGAAGACAAGUUUCGAGAAACGGUUGACGAAAGUCGCCUCACGCGUACCUAAAAGUACUCAGAUCUGGCUCCCACUGACUUUCCCCCCAGUUCCUCAGAAGGUUCGUAAUCCAAUUCUCACAGUUCUGACUAUGAUAUACUUACUGCGUGAUCUAGGGAGAAUUCGAUGUAUUCAGAUUGAUGGACAGCCAGUACUUCUUUUCUUGAGAGAGAAAAACGCGUCACGGAGUGCCACAAUCAAGAGCGGCUCAUGA